GGGGCAUAAGAAGCGGUUCAUCUACGGCACGAAGCACAGCAUAGCAGGUGAUGAAGCGACACGCGGGCUCGCACAGGAAGCUGGAGACGGCGGGCUCGGGGCAGUACUUAUUCAAUGGGCAGAGUUUGCUGCGGACUAUCAGUUCUUACUCAAGAUGAACGUGGAGGACCUCACCCCACACUUCCAAGCCAAGGUCGCCCACGCCCAGACGGGCCAGCCCAAACAGUUCAAGGCGCAGACAAUGCACAACGCGCAUGCAGUCCGCCCGCUCGCGGACGAAUCGAACAUCGCCGCAGUCAAUAGAGCCAGGGAGCAGCUACAAGGCGAUGGAUUGAAGGAGCCGAUCAGAACGCCAGCAACCUCGGAGCUGAAGCUUCGACAG